GGGGCGGGGUCGGCGUUGGUUGCUGAGGCGCUAUGACAACGGGAGCAAAAAUGGCGGCGGGCAGGGCUGGCUAGGGAGUACCUGAGGCGUUCUUCCCCCGCGCGCCCCGUAUACCAGCAGACACCGCCCCAUUCCUUCCUUGUAAUAACAGCUUCUGCUUGGGGUCGUCCCCCCCUCCCGCUCCCCUAUCCAUCUCUCUAUUUGCGUCUUUGCUUAUCUCCCUCAUGGGUCCCGUUAGCAUCCUCCUGCCCCAAAGGUAGCGCGGCGAGAGGGUGCUUGUGACAAGGACGUUGGCGCCCUGUCUCGGCCCCCCUGACAGGCAAACGGCGCUCUUGCGGCCCGUGAGGGAGUCUCGGGAUGAGGCGCUCGCCUUAAUGCGCACCCGGCUCCCUGUUGUGGAUCUGCGGGAGGAGGGCGCAGGUGAGGAGAAGAAAAGGGUUUCCCAAUGUUGGGAAUAGUCAGGGCUGAAGGAGAAUGUCUUUAUUUAAAGCCCGUGACUGGUGGUCUACAGUGGUGGGCAACAAAGAAGAAUUUGAUCAAGGAUGCUUAUGUGUUGCAAAUGUUGACAAUAGCAGCAGUGGACAAGAUAAAAUAAUUGUGGGAAGUUAUACAGGGUUCCUUAGAAUCUACAAUCCCCAUCCUAUAAAACCUGGAGAUGCUGUGCAAGCUGAAGAUUUGCUCUUGGAAGUGCAGUUAUCUGAGCCAAUACUUCAAGUGGAAGUAGGAAAAUUUGUUUCUGGUAUAGAACUGUUACAUCUGGCUGUAUUACACCCUAAAAAAUUGUGUGUAUAUGCUGUCUCAGGAAGCCUGGGAAACAUUGACCAUGGGAACCAAUAUCAGCUAAAGCGUAUGUACGAACACAAUCUUCAGAGAACAGCUUGCAACAUGACUUACGGGCCAUUUGGAGGCAUAAAAGGUCGCGACUUGAUCUGUAUACAGUCUGUGGAUGGAGUGCUUAUGUUAUUUGAACAAGAAAGCUAUUCAUUUGGCCGUUUUCUACCUGGUUUUCUUCUUCCUGGUCCGCUGACAUAUAGCUCUCGAACAGAUUCCUUCAUUACUGUCUCUUCCUGCCGGCAAGUUGAGAGUUACAAGUACCAAGUGCUUGCAUUUGCAAAAGACGCUGAGACCCAAGAAAACGAGCAACAAAAGCGUGGGUCAGGAAAAAGGCUUGUGGUGGACUGGGUUUUAAACAUUGGAGAACAAGCGUUGGAUAUAUGUGUUGUUUCCGUCAGUCAACUUGUUUCCAGUGUGUUUGUGCUUGGGGAAAGAAACUUCUUUUGCCUUAAGGAUAACGGACAAAUUCGAUUUAUUAAAAAGCUUGACCACAGCCCAAGUUGCUUUCUUCCAUAUUCAGUGUCUGGAGCCGUAGUUAACACUCUAAUUGGAAACCACAGUAGCAUUCUACACGUUUAUCAAGAUGUGACUCUAAAGUGGGCAGCUCAGCUUCCCCACAUUCCUGUGGCAGUAAGAGUGGGAAAAUUACUAGAUUUGAAAGGUGUGAUAGUCACACUGAGUGAUAGCGGUGAUCUACAAUGCUCCUACCUUGGUACAGAUCCAUCUUUAUUUCAAGCUCCAAAAGUUGAGGCUCGGGAUAUAAACUAUGAAGAAUAUGAUGCAGAAAUGAAUAAACUUCAAAAAAUCAUUAAAGAAGCCAGAAAAAUCAAAGACAUUGUGCCUAAAAUGGAAAAAAAUGAAGAUUUUGCACUUCUUGUGACGGUCUCACCUGAUCUUGAUUCAGUGUCUCAAGCCAUUGAGAGUGAAGUAAAAGCAGAGGUGGUUCCUUCUGUGACAGUAAAGAUCACUGUGGAGGGCAAACAGCCGACACUUGCAAAAUUAUCAGUAUGUGUUCAACCUCCUUUAGCUUUGACUCAUGACAAAUUCACCUUGAAAUUAGAGUCAUCUGUAUCUAAAACAGUGGUACUCUCUGCCUUUCUAAAGGGGAAUAUCUCACCAGCAGAUCUGGAAGGUACUGCUCUAGCUUCAUAUAACACAGCAACAGGUGCACCAAGAGUUUCCCAGUGCAAAUUUCGAUUACCAUUGCGGUUAGUUUGCUCUCCAGCUCAUCCUUCAAAGACAGCAAGCCAGAAGUUAACUAUUGAUACCAACAAGCCUCCAGUCAGCCUUGUUACCCUUUUCCCAGACUUUGCUGAUCAGGCUGAUGAAGACCAGCUAAAUGCUUUAGGAUUUCAGUUAUUAGGUGGCUCCCGAGUCACAUUACUUGCUUCAAAAACAUCGCAGCGCUACAGAAUUCAAAGUGAGCAGUUAGAAGACCUUUGGUUAAUUGUGAAAGAACUCACUGUUCGUCUUGAAGAACAUUUUAGGAAACAAAACUGCAAAGACUUUGCAUGUACUUUUUCUGGCCCAAUCCCCUUACAAGAAUAUUUUGAAAUAAUCGAUCAUCAUUUUGAGCUGCGCUUGAAUGCUGUUAAAUAUGAGCAACUAUUAUCUGAAAGAGCCGUACAGUUUAGAGCUAUUGAACGACGACUGCUGACACGGUUUAAAGAUAAAACCCAAGCUCCUCUGCAACAUCUGGACACCUUGUUAGAGGGAACUUACAGACAGGUAAUAGCUCUAGCAGAUGCAGCUGGAAAAAAUGAAGCCAAUAUGUUCCAGGCGUUCACAAAGUUAAAAAGUGCCACCCAACUGGUAAUUCUUCUGAUUAGCCUGUGGCAGAAACUGAGUGCUGACCAAGUUUCUAUUCUACAAGCUACAUUUUUGCCAUUAACACAGGAUACUCAAGAGCUGGGCUGGGAAGAAAUUGUGGAUGCGUCUGUCUCUCACUUGUUGAAAACGUGUUUGUCCAAGAGUUCGAAAGACCACGCACUGACACUUACCAAUCAGCUGUGUAUCCCCAAGGACACUAAUAAACUGAAGAAACACAUAACCUUGCUCUACGAUAGAUUGGCCAAAGGGGGUCGGAUGUCUCUAAAUACAGACUUUGACUCCCAGCAAACAAUGAUUCCAGCAGGUAAGCAAUUUGAUAUACAUUUGUGUGCAUCCCAGUUCAGAAAUAAAGGAAUGUAACUUUGGUUAGGUUUGCUGUUUAAGUUUCCUAUUAAAAUUGUCAUAGUCAAGAGAAAUGACUUUCCUCUCCCCCUCAGAAAUUCCAGUGUAACCACUGAGUAAAUAUGCUAGUGCAAUUUUGAUGCCAAAUAUUUUUAGAAUGGUAUGUAUUUCUUUGCUGUAGCAUUAAAUAUGAUCCAUUAUGUUUUCCUUCUAACCAAUAAAAAGUGGAUUAGAGAAUAAAA